AUGGGUUUCGGAGAUUUCGACUCGAUAUGCAAGCAGGCGGCGCUGCCGCUCUGCACGAUGGUCGGCAGUAAUGGCGUCAAGGGAACCAAGGGAAUACAGCCGGCCUGUUACUCGCGCACCAUCGAGGUGGCCAACACAGUCAUCUUUCAGGGCGCUGCCGGCAUCGCCCACAUCUGCGCUCUUCUCAUGACUGUCAUUAUGAUUGUCCACGUUCGCAGCAAGUUCACAGCUGUUGGUCGCAAGGAGAUUAUCAGUUUCUUCUGGGGCUAUUUCCUGCUCACCAUCAUUUCCCUACUCGUCGACUGCGGCGUUGUCCCUCCUGGCUCUGGCGCAUACCCUUGGUUCGUCGCUAUUCAGAAUGGUCUCUCUUCCGCCACCUGUAUCUCCCUUAUGAUCGCUGGUUUCGUCGGAUUCCAACUAUAUGAAGAUGGUACCUUCUUGAGCGUCUGGUUGCUUAGAAUCUGCUCUGCUACAAUGUUCGCCAUCACUUUCCUCAUCAGCAUCUUGACCUUCCAAGGCUGGGGUGGUCUCGGCCCUGAUAACACUGUUGGCCUCUUUGUCGUUCUUUACAUCUUCAACGCAAUCUUCCUCGCUGUCUACGUCGUCAUGCAGGUUCUGCUAGUCACCGGAACACUUCAGGACAGAUGGCCGCUGGGUCACAUCGCCUUCGGCAUUUUCUUCUUCGUCGUAGGCCAGGUACUUAUCUACGCUUUCGGCAAGGCCGUCUGCGAAGGCAUUGCCCAUUACAUGGAUGGUCUCGUCUUCGCCACUGUCUGCAACCUCCUUGCAGUCAUGAUGAUCUACAAGUUCUGGGACUCUAUCACUAAAGAAGACCUCGAAUUUUCUGUCGGCGCCAGAGUCAACAACUGGGACCUCAAGGCCCAGCUCCUCAACGAAGAGGAAAAGAGAGCCACUAUGUACAUGGAUAGCGAGUACGACAGCAGCCUGUAUCACCAGGCCCCUCGUCAGCACUCCAUGUACGGAAGCUCAAAUGGCUACUAA